AUGCAAUUAGCAUUAGCAGCAAAAUAUAUUGGAGCAGGUAUUGCAACAUUAGCUUUAGGUGGAGCAGCCAUUGCCAUCGCUUUAGUUUUCGUAGCUUUAAUUAACGGUACUUCACGUAACCCUUCAUUAAGAGCAACAUUAUUCCCUCAAGCAAUUUUAGGAUUCGCUUUAGCAGAAGCUUGUGGAUUAUUUAGCCUUAUGAUCGCUUUCUUAUUAUUAUAUGGAGUUUAA